AGAGUAUCAUGCAGUACGGCGGCCCAUGCUUUGCUAUUGCUACAGUACUAUUCAUGCACUCUGUACUGGCAAAAUUCUGGCGGGAUGGCCAACUUGUGGGUGGACUUUUGACAAAGGGAGGGAGGGAUUCACCCUGGGGCAAGACCAUGAGCGCUCCUCAACAUCCAUACAUAGCACCGCCAUGAGGAUACAGACAGCAGGGUGUAUUCAUGUACAUAUAUGGAGUGUGUAGCGUGCAAGCGUGCAAGUUCCUACUACCGCCUGUGUGCCUCCUUGUGGCGCAAGAAGGAGCCGCAGAACGCUCCACGUCAGAACUCUACGCUCUCUAGCAUCUACGAACAUCCCUGCGUUCGCACAACAUCCUGCCAGUCCUUCAAAAUAUUCACAACCAAGGAACUCAUCAACCGUCUUCCCCAGCAACAAGAGAAACCCCACAAUCGUUUGUUUGCAGCCACCCAUCCACCCACCCGAACCCAUCAACCCAAGCCAUGAUACAAACCACCAUAAUCGCCCGCGUGGCAGACGGAUACUUCCUCGCUGAGGACACCGAGUCAGCAGAACUACCGGAGAUGCCCGAAUUCCGCAACCAGGUCAAAGUCCUCCUCAAACGGUUAUCCGCGGAAUCGCCGGCGAGGUGUUCAAUAGAGUCGGGGUCGUCGGUUUUUCACUACCUCAUCGAAUUCGGCGUCUGCUACCUCGUCAUCUGCGACCGUCUCUACCCCCGCAAGCUCGCCUUCGCAUACCUCGAAGAAAUGCAGCGCGAGUUCCACGCGCAGUACGGGGACCAGGUCGGGACGGUUGCCCGACCCUUCGCGUUCAGUAAAUUCGAUCCAUACAUCCAGAAACUCAAACGCGCCUACAAAGACUCCCGCACCCAACGCAACCUCAACAAACUCAACGAAGACCUCCAGGACGUCACGCGGAUCAUGACGCGGAAUAUCCAGGAUGUGCUCGGCAGGGGGGAGGCGCUGGACCGAAUGUCAACAACAUCCUCCCGCCUGUCUCAACAAUCCAAGACCUACCUCGACAAGACCAAACAUCUGAAUCUGCAGGCGCUGUAUCAGAAGUAUGGCCCGCCGGUGAUUGUGCUGGGGAUCGUGACGAUUGUGGUGUAUUUGCGAUUUUGGUGGUGGUGA